UAUUAUGAAUUUCUAUUUAUUGUGAAGUGAUAUUUAUUCCAAACGUGGUCCAAAAAUUAACUCAUAUAUUUAUUGAACAACUUGUGAUGAAGUGCAUGUGAAAGAUUGCGUAUUUGCUUUUUUGCAAUCCGUUUGGUGAAUACGUCACAGCGCCAUGUUGUAUUCCUGCGCUGAUCGCAGGCACGAGAAAUCUGCCAAUCUUAUUUUUCGGGAAUAGUUCCCGAGAACUAAAUCGAACUGCGAUUUUGUACUCAAAUAUAUUUUAAUUUAUAUUUGUUGGCAAAUGUAAGACAACUUUAGUGUAUUCGAUGCAUCCCUGUUGUCGCAUUUCGAGUGCUAACUCAUAAUUUCAACUGCAGUUUUGUGCAUCCGCGAAAGUUGAAAGGACUGUGUUGUAAAAGAAAGAAGUUCCAAUAAUUAGCCAAAAUUCCGGUCCCUACGCGCAGACGAGAAGGUGCCUACCCACCGGGGCAGUCAGGCGAAGGAGACAUGAACAACAAACGCAAAAAUCGACAAGGGCCGCCGAGAUCGCCGCGCGGGCGCGUGGUCCCCGAGGGCGUCUAUAACAACGCUCACUUUAUGCACGCGGCCACAUCCCACGUUGGGGAUAUUGUGCAGGUGCUCACGCAGUCCGGCAGCGUCUGGGAGGGAGUGUUUAAGACUUUCAGCGCUCAGUUUGAGGUGGUAUUAGAAGUGGCGCACCGCGUAGAUCAAGAAGGCGUGGUUGCGGUGGACUCGGUCGUGGAGAAGCUUAUCUUCAAGCCCCAGGAUGUGGUCUCCAUCCGUGCUAAAGACUCUGACCUCGAGUACGCCACCCACGAUGUGUUCCAGACCGAUAGCGCUAUUUCUAGCAAGUUUAAUGCCUUCAUCGUUCUAGGGAACGGGCGAUCAGGCGAAGAGCGCCAUCUAGAGCCCUGGGACGGCUGCGACGGCGACGCCGGCGACACGCCCUCGCUCAACGGAGACGCCCGCCUCGACGACCUAGAACUCGACCACAGAGCCAACGGCUGGGACGCCCAUGAGAUGUUCCGCAAAAACGAGGAGGUGUACGGUGUACAUAGCACGUACGACCACUCGUUGGCUGGAUAUACGUUGCCGCUGCAAAGGAAGGAUACUCAGGAUUACAGGGACGCAGAAGCGAAAGCAGAAGAAAUAGCAGCGGAAAUAGAAAGCGCGCCCUCAUACAAGGCGCGCAUAGAACUUGAGAACGGUGACGAGGAGGAACGGUUCGCGGCUGUUGUCAGGCCAGCUGACAGCGGCAACGGUAGUGGCAAAUACGUCAUACCUAUCAAGAGGAAGAACAUGCAGACUGGAAGACCCGCGACGAAACCGCCGUUAACAAACAACGGCGGAUCGUCCCCCAGCGGGACUAACAAGCCCCCUUACCCGCACCAUCACGCGUCGCCGCCCGCGUCUCACGCGUCUCACGCGUCACAUGCGUCACACGCGUCUCACACCUCGCGGGAUAAGGACCAUCGUGCGCCGCGACACGCUGGUUCGCACGACGAUCGGCGGCAGGAUGAUAGUGCGAGCGCCAGCACCCCGCCGGCGGCCAGCGCCAGCGCCGCGGCGUCGUCCAGCAACGUGAGCGCGGGCAAGAGCUACGCGGCGCAGGCGGGCGGCGCCUACCACGCGCCCUUCCCGCACCAGGCGCACUCGCCGCACGCGCCGCACCCCGCGCACCCCGCGCACGCCCACGCGCACGCGCACCACCCGCAGCACCCGCAGCACGCGCCUGCGCCGCCGGCGGGCAAACUGAACGGCGAACCUCGCGCACCACCGCACCCGCGGCCGAGCUUCCCGCCGCACCAUCACCCACACAAUCCGCCUCCGCCUGGCGAGAGUCACGGCCGCCCGCGCCUGCAUCCUCCGCCGGAGCCUAGAAGGCAAGAUGAGGUGCAGGAGUUACGCAAGUUCGGACAAGAGUUCAAGCUGGUGUCGUCCCCCGCGCCGUCCGCGCAGCCCCCGCCGCAGCUGCAACAGCAGCCGCCGCAAAACACGCAGCCGCUGGUGCCGCCGCCGGCGCCCAGCACGCCCGAGGUGUCGGCCAACGCGGUGGCGGCGUCGGAGCCGCACGCCGGGCCCAAGCGCGAGCGCGCGCCCAAGGCCGCCGAGCCCGCGCAGCCCCCGCCCUCUGCGCAGCCGCAGCCGCAGCAGGCGGCGCCCGUUCACAAGCCGCCGCCCGCGCCGCAGUCGGAGUCCCCCGGCGCGGCCGAGGAGCGCACGGCGGCGUCGUCGCCCGCGUCGUCGUCGUCGCCCAGCAGCGAGCGCGCCGCCGCCGCCGUGGACCGCGCGCAGCAGACGCUCAAGAAGUCCACGCUCAACCCCAACGCCAAGGAGUUCAACCCGGCCGCCAAGCCCUUCACGCCGAGGAGCCCCUCCACGCCCAACCCCAGCCGGCCGCACACGCCAGGCACCCCGGUGGGGGGCGUAGGCGUGGUGGGGGGCGUUGGUGUUGUGGGCCCCGGCGUCUCCUACGUCCCUGCGCCGCACCCGCCGCCACCGCACAUGUUUGGCUGUUUGAAUCAGAUGCCAGCGAUGCCGGUGUAUAUCGCAGCUGCGGCUGCGGCGGCCGCGCAGCAGCCCUCGGCGUAUUUGCCCCAUCCGCACCCCGCCUUGUACGGCGCGGCGCUCGGUGGUGGGCCAGGAGUCGCGGGGGUGCCCGGUGGGGCGGGGCAGCACGCGCAGCUGCAAGCGCAGCCGCCCAGACCCUACCCCGCCAGGAAAAUGCCGGGCGUGCAAGUGGCAGCCGCGACGGGGCAGCCACUGCAGUUGGCGCCGGCGCCCAUGCAACAGUUCGUGCCCUACCCACACGCCCAUCCGCCGCCGCAGCCAGCUAUUCAGUACCAACACAUGGUGCGCAUGUACCACGGGGGAGGUGUAGGCGGCGUGGGUGGCGUCGGUGGAGUGGGUGGCGCUAUGGCAGGCGGGGAGGGCGGCGUGGGCUACGCGCCCCCUCCGGCGCCGUCCCCCGCAGCGGCCUCCCCCGCGCUCUACCCGCCGCCCUCGCCUGCGCACACGCCGCACCCACACCAGCACCCGCACCCACAUCCCCACCCGCAUCCACACCCACACCCGCAUCACCAUUACCAACAGCAACCAUUCCAGGUGCUGUAUCCGCUAAUGGGCGGCGGCGGCGGCGGGCACCACCACCACCAUCACCAUGUGACGUACCUCAACCACGCGCCGCCCACCAAUUCACCCCCCACCACACACCCACCGCUGCAGCAGGCGGUAGUGGUUCCGCCGCAGCACCAGUCGUCCGGCGGGUCGACGACCCCCGGCGUGCACUCGUCCGCGCACCCGUAAGGCGCCACGCCCGCCCGCGCCACACAGCGUCGCUGCCUCUACACGCGCCCGCCGUGCUAGGCUAGCAGUAGUACGUACUCCGUUCCCCUAGCCGUCUUUCGUUCAAACGCUAUAGUAGGUUUCUUGUGAAUAUGGUCUGAAUCUUAGUCUAAGCGGAGUGUCGGUUCAAUACAGAUAUAUACUCUAAACGAAACUCAAAGGAGGGUGAAUAAAGAACAAUAUGCGGUGCAACGUGCGGCCUUUCUAACUAGCGGUCUCUUUUUUGGCAAGCUUAAAAAGAAUUGCUUCGAGAGUAUUGUAAGUAAUGGUGUAUUGAAACUGUAGGAUAUUCUAUUUAUUGGAAAGUUCCUAAAGUCUUAGGUUAUGUAUGGAUUGAAUGGACAUGAGAUUCCAUUGAAAAUUCGUACAUACAUACGUCACAUCACACUGAAAAUUCAUCAUUGAUCAAGUGAUGUUUAUACUUCACCUAGUAUAAGUAUUUGAAUAAAAUUUAUCUAUCAAUAUAGAUAAAAUUCUUUUGCGUCAAAUUUGUCGUAACAAAAACGAGAACAAAAUGUAUCUGGUACACUAGUCUACAGUAAACAAUAAGGUAGGCUAUGAUAUUAGAACCUCAAAUGUGUGCCUAGAUUUAAAACUAGUAAUAACUAGACCCCGUUUAUCGAUUUGGCGUUUUACGGGCAUCCACGAACGGGUCUUGUUAUAUUAGGCCACAUGCAACGGUCCCAGGCCGGGUCCACGUUUUGUGUCAUUUUGUCGUAUAGUGAUAUAUACCCGCUGAUAUAGCGACAUACAGCUGUCAAAUUUGAAACUAAUUUGACAGAUGUAUGUCGUUAUUCAUUAUCAUAUAACACGGAGGUAAUAUACGCUAAAAUGAUGAAAGCGUGGAACCGGCAAGUGCUAGACUGUUGAAACAAAGAUGGACGCAGCAUGCGCCCUGUUCAACACAAUUCGUCCCCUGUAUAACGAACGUGAGUAACAAUUUUGACUGUUAAAAGUUGUUUAUAUACAGUCGAUUCAGAAUUUCAUUCUCAAAUUCUGUAUGAUUUUUCGUCAAAAUUAUCGGGAAUAUCCAUUAGUGUUGUAAGGGACGAAUUAUAAGAAAUAUAUAAAUAUAAUUCAGACCAUAUAUCACUCUGUUUAAUUGUUGUUUAUUUCCAAAUGAGAGAGUCAAAAAGCUACCAGAUAUGCCAAUAAAAUUAGCACUGCCGUACCGAAUGCUCAAAUCGCCGUGUUUACUUUUAAAAAUAAUUGUAUGUUUGUUACUAACAUUGAGUGUGCUCAGUAAAAUUAUUUUUACUUAAUAUCGAACGCCUCGUUUCUUUAUAUUUCUUUGGCAUAUCUAUGUAGUUUUUAUGUCUAUAAUGGCGUUGAUCGUCAUUUUUAGUUGAAAUAUUAUUUUAAAUUGUAUUGUUAAUUUUAACAGUGAGAACUAGCUCUUUCAUUUGUUUAUUACGAUUUUGUUUUGUCAAAAAUUGCACUCUGGCAACUUUUGUAAUCGUCUGAAAAGUUGCAACAAGGCAACACUAAUUUGUAAUUAAAAAUUUAGGAGUUGUAAAUUUGUUUAGGC